AGUCCCGAACGGGUUCGUUUUUGUUGGAUGCAGGCCGUCGUUGCCGAGAAAGACCAAGACAAGGUCAUGGCCAGAACCAAAGACAUUGCAUCCCAGCAACCGCAACUUUUGCAUCGCAGAGUAGAUCUCUUUGGUUGGUAGACUGUCAAUGAGUGCCAUUGGAUCCUGAAGCAUCAAUUGCCUGAAGAAAAGAAGAAAAGAAGAAAGAGGCGAUCAUCAUUUCUGCGAGAUCUUUGGUCCAGUCCAGCUUACCGUAUCCUGAAAGCAGCAAGAUACCUUUCGUCCAUAUUCACCUAUUAUUGUUCGGUUGCAUUAUUAAAUAAACCAGCACCAUGAUGCCCUUUGCACAUCCCUCUCAACGAUCUCGGUAUCGUUCUGCUCGUUCGGUCCGACCUCAGAGUAUGAAUGGUGGCAGUAACCCUGGAAGCAUCAGUGGGGCUGGCAAGUGGUCCAAGGCCAAAAUGACCUUUUUCGUGGGAGCUGUCCUGGCUGUGGCUGGCAUUACUGUGGUCCCCAUCUUUAUUCUCGAAGGAAGCUAUAGCUAUAAACGCAUCAGUUCCAAUCACCUGCAUCCUUCCAAAAUGCUCCAUUUGGGGGAAGCCAUUCAACGAGAAAUGGCACAAAAGCUACACAACAAUCACCUGCUACCAGCGUCGAGUGAUACUGAUCAGAACAGCAAUACUGUGGAGGAAGGUCAUCCAAAUCAACAACCCGAAGGAGACCUUCUAGAUCACGACAAUGAGCAGCAAGAAGGGGAAGAACCUCCGUCUCCCUUAACCAGAGGAGUCAAUCGGGUACCCAUGAGUAAAACACCCGCAUUAAUAGGAGCCAGACGAGGCCAUAUCCAAUGCGAUGUCCCCAUUGAAGACGAAGAUCGAAUUGUUUAUUGGAACGAGCGACAAGGAGAUCGGGAUCAAGCCUUUGUAUCACCCUUUGUUCUGCCCACCGCCAAUCAGGAAUACUACAUUACCUUUCAGCCCGAUCGUGGAGGAUGGAACAAUAUUCGUAUGAGUAUGGAGAUCUUGUUUGUCAUUGCAUCGGCUACCGGACGGACGUUGGUACUGCCACCCAGAGUUCCUCUCUAUCUACUGGGUCAUGGCAAAGCAGGUGCAAAGAGUUUUGGGGACUUUUUUCCUCUCGACAAUCCCGAUUUAAUGAGCAAGGUCAAGGUCAUUUCCAUGAAGCAAUUCAUUGAAAAGGAAUCCCCCAAAUGGGAAGGCCUCUCCGACGACGAACGCCAAAAGCUGCUCCAAGUUUCCGAAUUGUGUCUCCACCACGACGGCGACGAAAUUGACUGUCAAAUCUUACACAAGCAACUCCGCAAUCGAGGACAUCAACCCCAAAUAAAACCAAGUGAAAAUUGCUUCGUCUUUGAUUUGGACGUGCUCCAAUCGGGCGAUCCAGAAAAACUCAGCGAUGAUCGGCAUCUGGAAGUGGAUCGAUUUUGUGGUGGCCAUCGAACGCCCGUAUUUUACGACAAGACCUUGCAGUCGAUACCCUUUAUUCAUUGGGAUGCCGGAUGUGACGGUCUUGCCAACACCAAAGAAGAUCAAGCCAAGUGCUUUCGACUCCUGCAACAUUUCUACACUUUCAUCUACUUUACCGAUCCCAAAGUGGAUAAUUACUACAAACGCUUUGUGCGAGACUUUCUGCAUUACAAGGACCCCGUCUACUGCGCUGCCGCCAAGGUCAUUCAGGCGGUACAAAAGGAAGCCGAUAAGCUCAAUGUCCCGUGGUCGACCUGGCAUGUCCGACGCGGGGAUUUGCAGUACAAAAAGGUCAAGAUUCCGGCCGAAGAAUGGUGGGAGAACACCAAAGAGGCUUGGAGACCCGGAGAAUUGAUAUACAUUGCCACGGAUGAACGCGACAAGUCCUUCUUUGACCCCGUCCGAAAACAGAAUCACCCCGUCCGCUUUUUGGAUGACUAUUGGGACAUGGCGGGCAUUGGUAAGCUCGACGGCUCGUACGUUGGCAUGGUGGAUACUAUUGUUGCCAGUCAAGGACGAGCAUUUGCCGGAACUUGGUUCUCAACCUUUACUGGAUACAUCAAUCGACUGCGAGGAUACAUGGGAAAAUCCAUGAAAGAUUCGUGGUACUCCUUCCUGCCAAGAAAGGAAGUGAUGCGAGAGUUUACCUUUCCAGACGGCAAUUAUCCCGCUCGAGAAUGGCAGAUUGGGUGGCUUGGCAUUGACACUGAUGAACACGAUUUCGUGGAACAUGGGGUUCCUGCAGAUGAUAUUCACGACAAGGCAGUUCUGCGGUUACAACUACCGGAUGCUCCCAAGGAAAGCAAGGAAGCCCAGAAAGAGUCCAUCAAGUUUAAGAAAAUCGACUUCGCGGUCAGUGAUCUCAAGCCAGACGUAGGGUUUCGAGAAAAGCCGGUGGCGCGAUUAGUUGCCGGGAGACCCAUGGACGAGACGCCAGCUGUAAAAGGAGCGUCUCGGGCUCACGUGGAGUGCGAAAUCAACGUAGAUUCUCUGGCCUACUGGAAUGAUCCUCAGUCAGAACGGGACCAAAACUUUCAGUCUCCGUUUGCUGUCCAAGGUGAUACAAAGUACAUCACAUUCGCACCGGACAGAGGAGGCUGGAACAACAUCAGAAUGUGCAUGGAAAUCAUCUUUGUCAUUGCUGCCGUCACCGGGAGAACUCUCGUUUUGCCACCGAAGGCACCUCUGUAUCUCCUGAACAAAGACAGCAAGUCCAAACACCGAGGCUUUGCAGACUUCUUCCCAUUGCACACCGCCGAGUUUCAAAAACGAGUCAAGGUCAUCACCAUGGAAGAAUUUGUCAAACGAGAGGGCGGUCCGGAUGGACGGCUCCCAAUACCAGAUGGAAAACAAAAAGCCGUAGAGGGCGCAGCCGAUGUCUGCGACAGAAAUCCAAGGAGCGAAAUAAGCUGUGACCUAGUUUACGAUUACUUGAUUUCUGCGGGUCACUCUCCAAUGAUCCGAGCAAAGGAUUCGUGUGUAGUCUUUGACGAGGAUGCCUACAAUGGAAGGGACCUCACUGCAGAGAAUAAAGCAAUUGUGAAGAAGCGUUGUGGUGAGCGCGCUCCGACAUAUUGGGACAAUAAGUUGCAGGAUAACGUGUUGAUCCAUUUCAGAGCCUCGGAGAAGGAAUACCGACUCCUGGCACAUUUCUAUGGCAUGAUCUACAUUACAAACCCAGCCAUUGACCAUUACUACAAGCGUUUCGUGAGAGAUUUUCUGCAUUACCACGAUUCAAUCUACUGUGCGGCGGGAAAGAUCGUGAAAGCACUGCAAGCGGAAGGCGAAAAGCGCGGCUUCUUAGCUGACGACGAAGGGGGUGGUGGCUACUCAGCGCUUCACGUGCGCAGGGGUGAUCUUCAAUACAAGAAAGUGAAAAUCCCUGCAGAGGAAUGGUAUGAAAACACGAAGGAAGUAUGGAGGCCUGGUGAAAUUCUGUAUAUUGCCACGGAUGAACGAAACAAAACUUUCUUCGACCCUAUCAAAGAGCACAACGAUAUCAGAUUCCUUGAUGACUACUUUGAAAUGGCCGGCCUUAAGGAUCUGGACCCCAACUAUAUGGGGAUGAUUGACACCAUUGUGGCAAGCCGAGGUCGUGCCUUUGCAGGGACUUGGUUUUCGACAUUUUCUGGCUACAUCAACCGUUUGCGCGGGUAUCAUGGGAUGUCAAUGAUGGACUCAUGGUAUUCGUGGCUGCAGCGCAAGGAUGCGCUUCAUAAAUGGGAAGAAGUUGACCAUUUCGCGUACGCGUUUGAAUGGCCAGAUUGCUGGGUUGGCAUCGAUGCUGAUGUUUGGCCCUCCAGGGAUAAAUUCUAAUGAAGUCAAUAAUUACAGUAUGAUUGCUCUUGAGAUGAGUUGCGCUCAUGUUGCAGCCGUGGAGACUUGUGGUCAAACCGAGCAGGUGAAAUGAAUAGUGGAAUGAUUAGAAAGCACCUGCUUCUGCAAUCCCCAGUAGCCAUGGCAUCAUAGACACACUGAUCCUUCGAGUCUUCCGGCUGCUCAAAGGCCUUCUCAGCAGCUUCCAUGGCAGUGGAUUCACCAGCCACUGUCCCACCUUCUUUGUGCUUGGCAUCAUGCUGCACAGAAAUGGGUGCUGGGGAAGUGGUUUGUCUGGAAGAGCUUGGGCUCAUUAUCAAGCACUUGCCAUUCAUUUCCAAAGGCAUCAGCAUCAGACAUCGUGGUACCAUUUCGAGCAAGCCACUCCCAGUACCAAUUCUCGCAGAAUGAAGACACUUGAUGCCUCCAUACUCCUGAAAGCCGGCACCAACUGUCUUGAUACCAACCAGGUUCUUGAAGGAUUGGAUCACACAACCUGCAUUCUCUCUCCCAGAGCACUAGUGAACACAUUGUGCUUGGACGUGGCAUUCUUGUGAGUGACACUGUACUUAUCCAGCUUCUCUGAGUCAAGAUCAGCAUUGGAGAUUCCACCCAACAUGUAUAGCUAGCAUUUAGGCACCAACUUCCAAAACUCGAAGACAUCACCUGCGGCCUUCAAAGGAACAUCAUCAAAGUUAGCAUCUUAUGGCAAGGAAACCCAAUCAGCGCUGUCAAGACCUUCCUAACAUGACAACUGCAGUCUAUUGCAGUAGAGAUGGAGUGACCUGAAAUCCUGAAAGUGUAACCAUCCGGAGAAUUGCCAGAGAAGCAAAUGUAAUCAACUCCUGCAAAAUCUAUGGAGACUGCCAACACAAUCAACAUUUCACAUGUACCAUUAAUAGCCCAAGCACUGAUGAUGCUCAUGGGGGAUGAGAAAGUCAAACAGCCAAACCAAAAAGUUUCCACAGACACUAAAGAGCUAGGUAGUACUAGAUUAGAAGAGGUCGAGAGCCGAGAGCUUCCACGUAGAUGUCACCGUGUUUUCGCCUUUUCUGGCUAAGCGAGUCGAGUCGAGUCACUUUUUGCUACCGUGAAAGCGCAAAAGAUACCGUACAGGUCGGUACCAGCACAGCUCCAGCACCCUUUUGAAAGAUACUGGCACAAGGCUCUUUCUCAUUCUUUAGCAGCUGGCUGUUGUUGCUUGAUGUCAUGCAGCUGCUGGAACUUGAACUGCUCGCACAGAAGACAAAACUCCAUGGAGAACUUCGGUUCCGGAAACUGAGACUUUGUUAAGUAUUCUAGGAGAACUGCGACACUUCUGUUCACUGAUGCUGUCCAGCUUUGUUGGGAACCACCAAACGAUGGACAAGCUUGUCAUGGUCUUGACACCACGCAGCUUUUUGGAUGGCUCUGGACCCUCUAUCCCAGCUCCC